CAACUUCCGAGGCGACAGCAGUAGUUGGCUGUAACUUCUAGCUUUCAUUUACGGGUGGGAACAUGGAGAGAAUAAACGUGCCCCCUGUGGGCCCCAUGGACCUGCCUUUGUCCUUGCUGGAGAUGGGCUGCUCGGGCAGGUUUGAGCUCAUCACACACCCCCUGCCUGGACAGCCUUUACCUCCACAGAGCACGCUCCCACAUGGGCUGCCUCCCACCAGCCUCAGCCUGGAAACAGAAGUAGAGAAACAAUUUUUACAGGAUCCAUCUUGGCUUCCUAUCCAUGACACUGACUUAUCCUUCCAGAAGUUUCUGAAAGUGACUAAGAGAGACGUUAAUGUCGACUCUCUGCUAAACUGUGCUCCAUCUCCGCUUCACUCUGGUCUCUCUGUUGUGAGAGAUCCAACCACAGGGAUGCUGCUCGACUUCACAGAGGUCUUACUUGAAAACACUGGCCUCUCAGCAAAGAACUCACUGUCAUUACAACGACAACCAGGUCCUCCUUCAGAGAGCCUUCGAGGAAGCAACACCAGCUACCCUUUCCUCCCUGGAGGUAUGGAGGAACUUACUCUGGACCAAAUUAAGAAGAAAUCUGAUCUAGAAGAGGACAUAGACUUUGAGAAAGAUUUACUUAGAGUUCCCCCUGGACUAAAGAAUGGGAUGGAUUUUACUGAUAAAGAUGCCAAAAUAGCGAAACCAGAGGUCAACCUCAUGUCACUUCUGUCCACAUUUGACGGACUCACUGACUUGCAUCGCGAGGUAGAAGAGAAGGAGGAAGGAAAAGAAACAGACAAAGCUCCUAAAUUACCCAGAACGAACAGCCUUGAAGAUCUUGGCAUCAAGGAUGCUGUGUCGUCUUCUGCUUCGGCAGAGAAGGGAAAAGUGGAGAAAUCCAAACCAAAUGAGAACCCAGAGGAAAACAAGAAAUGGGCCAUCCCUGUUGACAUUACUUCACCCUGUGAUGAUUUCUAUAAGCGAAUCCCCAACCCAGCCUUUAAGUGGCCGUUUGAGCUGGAUGUUUUCCAGAAACAAGCUGUGCUGAGGCUGGAGGCUCACGACUCGGUGUUUGUAGCUGCACACACAUCAGCUGGCAAAACAGUGGUGGCCGAGUACGCCAUCGCGCUCUCCCAGAAACACAUGACAAGGACGAUCUACACGUCUCCCAUUAAAGCCCUGUCCAAUCAGAAGUUCAGAGAUUUCAAGAACACUUUUGGAGAUGUGGGAUUGCUGACAGGCGACGUCCAGCUCAGUCCUGAAUCUUCCUGUCUCAUUAUGACCACUGAGAUCCUCCGGUCCAUGCUUUACAAUGGCUCAGAGGUCAUCAGAGACCUGGAGUGGGUGAUCUUCGACGAGGUUCACUACAUUAAUGAUGCCGAGAGAGGUGUUGUGUGGGAGGAAGUUUUGAUUAUGCUUCCAGAUCACGUCAGCAUCAUCCUCCUUAGCGCCACAGUGCCAAACGCUCUGGAGUUCAGUGAGUGGAUCGGGCGCAUUAAGAAAAGGCAUAUUUACGUGAUCAGCACAUUGAAGAGACCUGUGCCUCUGGAGCAUUAUCUAUACACCGGAAACAGCACCAAGACUCAGAAAGAGAUGUUCCUGCUUCUGGAUGCUGUGGGCAACUUCCUCACCAAAGGAUACUACGCAGCUGUUGAUGCAAAGAAGGAACGCACCAGCAAACAUGCCCAGUCUUUUGGAACGAAAAACACCUCUCACAAUACUUCAGCCAGUCAGGAUCGAGCGGUAUGGCUCACUCUCCUGCACUUCCUGUCCCAGCGGCAGCAGACCCCGGUGGUCGCCUUCACCUUCUCUCGGACACGUUGUGAUGAAAACGCUCGCUCUUUGGAGUCAAUGGACCUGACGACUUCCAUAGAAAAAGCAGAGAUUCACUCCUUUUUCCAGAAAAGCCUGAGUCGUCUCCGAGGAGGAGACAGACUACUGCCUCAGAUCCUGCUCAUGAGGGACCUGUUGAAGAGAGGAAUAGCAGUACAUCACAGUGGGAUCCUGCCAAUUCUGAAGGAGGUCAUCGAAAUGCUUUUUUCAAGAGGUCUAGUAAAGGUGCUGUUUGCCACUGAGACAUUUGCGAUGGGAGUGAACAUGCCUGCCAGGACUGUGGUGUUCGACAGCAUCAGGAAACACGACGGGACCGGCUUCAGGAAUCUGCUGCCUGGUGAGUAUAUUCAGAUGGCGGGCAGAGCGGGCAGGAGAGGCCUGGACGCCACCGGCACCGUCAUCAUUCUGUGUAAAGCCGGCGUGCACGAGAUGGCAGAUCUGCACGUCAUGAUGCUGGGUAAACCCACCAUCCUCCAGUCCCAGUUCAGACUCACCUACACUAUGAUCCUCAACCUGCUGCGAGUCGAAGCCCUCCGUGUGACCGACAUGAUGAGACGGAGCUUCUCUGAAAGCCACCGAGACACUCAGGCCCAUGAGAAGAGAAUCAGUCAUCUGAAGCAGGCGUUGUCCUCUCUGCCUCCUCUGGACACAGAAGGCCAGCUGUCAGACCUGUUGCCUUACUACCACACUGUGACGGAGCUGCGAACCACCACUGAGUCCCUGCAGCGCGCCAUUCUGGAGUCUGUCAAUGGGCUGAAAGCUCUGUCUGUGGGUCGAGUAGUGGUGGUUAACAACAAACAGCAUCUCAACGCCCUGGGUGUCAUCCUACAGGUGUCCAACGACUCUGUGAAUCGCACAUUCACUGCUCUCAUCAUCUGUGAGAAAGGCAACGAGGAAGGAGAAGGGAAAGGCAACGACAGCGCUGGCUUCCCACACCUGUACAACACGGCUCUCUUCAUACCUGAAGGCCCUUGUAGCCACACUGUGCAGAAGUUGAAGCUACAGGACAUAACAGCCAUCACAGUGAAAACCCUUAAAGUGAUUCCUGACAGAAUCAUCGAUAAUUACAACAAAAGGCAACAACCGAGAUUCAGACAUGAUCCUCCUGGCCAAGCCAUCUCCACGGCAACCCAGGAGCUCCUCCGACUGGCCGAGGCAAACCCAAGCGGGAUCGCGACCCUCGACCCUGUCAACGACCUCCAGCUGAAGAGUGUGGAUGUGGUCGAGGGCUCCAUGAGGCUCCGCGUGUUGCAGGACAGCCUCCGAGAAUUCAACUGCAUCCACUCACCAACUUUCGCAGAACAGUUUGCGCGGGUGAAGGAGAGGAUGAGCCUUCAGGAGGAGCUGGACAUGCUGCUGUUCUUGGUGUCUGACCAGUCUCUGUCUCUGCUGCCUGAAUACCACCAGAGGAUAAAGGUCCUGCAGUCGCUCCAGUACAUCGACAGCAGCGGCGCUGUGCAGCUCAAAGGCCGCGUGGCCUGUCAGAUCAGCAGCCACGAGCUGCUGCUCACUGAGCUGCUGUUCGAGAAUGCCCUGAGCCCCCUGGCACCGGAGGAGAGCGCCGCCCUGCUGUCCUGUUUGGUGUUUACGCAGAAUACCCAGGUGGAACCACACAUUACCAACACACUGCAAGAGGGCAUCGACCGGGUGCUCUCUGUGGCCCAAAGGAUCGGAGAGCUCCAGAGGGAUUGUGGGAUACCGCAGACAGCAGAGGAGUUUGUGGGCCAGUUCAAGUUUGGCCUGACGGAGGUGGUUUACUGCUGGGCCAGAGGCAUGCCGUUCGCAGAGAUCGCCCAGCUGACCGACGUCCAGGAGGGAACGGUGGUGCGCUGCAUCCAACGCCUGGACGAGGUGCUGAAGGAGGUGCGUCAGGCCGCCCGCAUCGUAGGAGACUCCGUCCUGGGGAGCAAGAUGGAGAAGGCCUCCCUGGCGAUCCGCAGGGACAUCGUCUUCACCGCCUCCCUCUACACCCACUGAGACAGACAAUGUGAGACAGCAGCCGAGUGUUUGUUCGUGUGGAACGUGUGAGAGAGACUCGAGAUACGUGGGGGCGGUAUGGAGAUGUUUCUGUUAGCAAAUGCUGCAUGUGCCUACAAAACAUAACGAUGUUUACAUGAAAUUCCAGUCGGUAAAGAAGGGAAUGAUUUUAACCAACAGACCAAAAGUAUGUACUCUGGAAAUAAUCAUGACAUCUGGAUUGUAAUUUAUUGUACAGUAAUAAAAUCCAAUAUCACCAUGAA